AUGCCCGUAUGCAGCAUGCAGCAACGCAAGAGAACCCACACAGGGGACAAUCCUUAUGAAUGUCCAGAGUGUGGAAAGAGAUUCAGUCAGAGUGGCCAUCUUCAGUAUCAUCAGAGAACCCACACAGGGGAGAAACCUUUUGAAUGCUCAGAGUGUGGAAAGAGAUUCAGUCGGGGUGGCAGUCUUCAACUUCAUCAGAGAACCCACACAGGGGAGAAACCUUUUGAAUGCUCAGAGUGUGGAAAGAAAUUCAGGGUGAGUGGCAGUCUUCAACGUCAUCAGAGAACCCACACAGGGGAGAAACCUUUUGAAUGCUCAGAGUGUGGAAAGAGAUUCAGUGGGAGUGGCAGUCUUCAACUUCAUCAGAGAACCCACACAGGGGAGAAACCUUUUGAAUGCUCAGAGUGUGGAAAGAAAUUCAGUGAGAGUGGCAAUCUUCAACGUCAUCAGAGAACCCACACAGGGGAGAAAUCUUUUGAAUGCUCAGAGUGUGGAAAGAGAUUCAGUCGGGGUGGCAGUCUUCAACUUCAUCAGAGAACCCACACAGGGGAGAAACCUUUUGAAUGCUCAGAGUGUGGAAAGAAAUUCAGUGAGAGUGGCAAUCUUCAACGUCAUCAGAGAACCCACACAGGGGAGAAAUCUUUUGAAUGCUCAGAGUGUGGAAAGAGAUUCAGUCGGAGUGGCAGUCUUCAACUUCAUCAGAGAACCCACACAGGGGACAGACCUUUUGAAUGCUCAGAGUGUGGAAAGAGAUUCAGUGAGAGUCGCACUCUUCAAUGUCAUCAGAGAACCCACACAGGGGACAGACCUUUUGAAUGCUCAGAGUGUGGAAAGAAAUUCAGUGAAAGUGGCAAUCUUCAACGUCAUCAGAGAACCCACACAGGGGAGAAACCGUUUGAAUGCUCAGAGUGUGGAAAGAGAUUCCGUCAGAAUGGCAGUCUUCAACUUCAUCAGAGAACCCACACAGGGGAGAGACCUUUUGAAUGCUCAGAGUGUGGAAAGAGAUUCAGUCAGAGUGGCCAUCUUCAGUAUCAUCAGAGAACCCACACAGGGGAGAAACCUUUUGCAUGCUCAGAGUGUGGAAAGAGAUUCAGUGAGAGGAGGCGUCUUGAACAGCAUCAGAGAACACACAGAGGGAGGAAUCGCUAGAAUUCUAAAUGUCCGGCCGCGGCUUGCCACACCUGGACUUGUUAAUGACCCCAACGGAUGCUUUGAUGUUGGAGAGACAGCAUCCCAAUGAAUAAGACCACUCCCCACCCCCUUUUGAACUUGCUGAUAAACUCCAAACACGAGAAACCUUUUCAGUGCUUAGAGUGUGAGAGAAGAUUCGGUUCGAGUGGCACUCUUCAGCUGCAUCAAAGUACCUGCACAUGGGGAGAAAACCUUUGAGUGUGCAGAUUCAGUCAGUGUGACAAUUUUCAAAAGCAUAUAUGAACUCUUGUAAGGGAGAAGCCUUUUGGCUUUUCAGACUGUGGAAAGAGAUUCUGUUGCAGAAGCACUCCUUGAUGGCAACUGAGACCCCACACAGGGAAGACACAAUUUUAAUGUUGGGAGCUUUGAAAGUGAUUCAGUCGGAGAUGUUCUCUUCUGCUGUGUCGAGGAACCCGCACAAGGAGGAUCCAUGUAACCUCUUAGCCCAUAAAAAGAGCUUUCCCGCUAUUUCAUAUGUAAAAGACUCUAAUCUGCAGAAGAAACCUUACUCUAAUCAGAAAGAAAUGUUAUAAGUGCUUGGGCAGGGUUUUUUGUUGUUCAGUCACACAGUUGACGCCGACUCUUUGCGACCCCACGGACAAAAUCACGCCAGCCCCUCCUGUCUUCCACCAACCUCCAAAGUCUGCUCAAAUUCAUGUUAGUUACAUAAAUAACGCUGCCCAGCCGUCUCAUCCUUUGCCGUCCCCUUCUUCUUUUGCCUUCUGUCUUUUCCAGCAUCAGGAUCUUCUCCAGGGAGUGCUCCCUUCUCAUUUGGUAGCCAAAGUAUUUGAGCUUCAGCUUCAGUGCCUGACCUUCCAGGGAACAGUCGGGGUGGAUUUCCCAUAGGACUGACUGAUUGGAUCUUCUUGCACUUCAAGGGACUCUCAAGAUUCUUCUCCAGCACCACAGCUCAAAAGCAUCUAUUCUUCUGCGCUCGGCCUUCCUUAUGGUCCAGCUCUCACAGCCAUACAUUACUACUGGGAAUACCGUCGCUUUGACUAUAGUCCGCUUGCGGAGAGGGCGGGAUAUAAAUGUAUAGUAAUAAAUAAAUAAAAAUAAAUAUAUGGACUUUUGUUG